AUGUGCGAGAAGCCUGUUGGCUCCCAGUCGCUUACUCUGCCCAUUGUCCUUGGUAUUGUCAUUCCCAUCGUUGGCAUCACUAUCGUCUUGUUCUUUCUUCAUCGCAGGAAUGUCGCCAAAUUCAGGAAGGAGGAGCAGGAUGACCCCAAUAAAGAGUUGGACUUUGGCUUUGGCGAUAAGAAGCAAAGCUUGCGUCGGAGCAUCUUCGGUCUUGGAGAUAAAAAUCCCAACCACAAGCAUCAGCUCUCCAUGGAUAUGAACAUGUCGACUCCGUAUUUGCUUCCCCCUCAGUUGCAAACCUCCCGAGAGUCUUUGCAUUCGCUUGCCCGCUCGAUCCAGAAUUCAGAGGAUCCUUACCGCCCCGUUGCGCAGUAUGCCGGCAGCGAGGUUGGGUCGUUGCGGUCUGUUCAUCGUGGCCCCGGAGGUGAAUUGGCUUCUAUUUAUAGCGGCUCUACUCGAUCUGGUGGUACGCGGGAUUUGGCUCCCCAACGUCAGAACUCGCUCCCGCGUCCGCCACCUCCCACGGCGGAUCCUUUCCAGCGUCAAGCAAUGCCGGGCUCGGACGAUGGAAUGUCCCCAACUUCGCUCUCAUCCCCCGAUCCUUUCAAGCCGGCACUUGGUUCUGCACUCUCUCGAAAGCCUUCAGUUCCCUACCCCGACGAGAAAUUGCCCAUUGAUGAGCCGAACAAGGCUGAAAUGCCCGAUCCUGAGAAGUCUGCUGUAGUGUCGCCUACCCUGCCGAAGAUUGAUCUUGGGUUCCCCUUGCAGGGAAGCCAGAGCCCUCCCGCCGGGUCUUUUGUCACACCCAUGUCCGCCACUAUCGAAACUGUCGAUCCGCACUCGAACUCGCACGAUUCGUUCCCCCAUGCCAACAUGAAUGAGAGGCAAGAUAUGGGCGACUCCCAUGCUAACGUUGGCAUCGCCCACUCGUCACCUCCCCCACAGCUAGCAACACCGUAUGACCCGUCUCCGCAAGUACAUGCAACACCCGCCUACAACGACAGCCAAGCCUACAGCGCCUAUAAUCCCAGCCAGGACAAUCACCAAGACGGAUAUGUAGACUACGACUAUGACGAACCACGCGGUCGCACCGCUCAUCGAGACAUGGAUGAUGCCCAGCGCGGAAGUCAAUUUUUGACUGCUCCCAAUAUGGAGAACAAGAGACUCUCUGUUGGCUUCCGCCCGCUCCCUCCGGAUGACAUUAUGGACACCGAGGAUCCCGAAUAUCGCGCCAAUCGAAUUCGUUCCUUCUACAAGGAAUACUUCGAUGACGGCAGCGCUGCUAAUCGGCCGCCUGUUCCUGAACUCCCCGCCCAGAUCCCCGAGCGGCGAGUGGGUACUCCCAACCAGCAACCUCCUCGCCAGGCUCAGUCCAAUGAGUACUACGAGGAUUAUGAUGGUGCCUAUCUCGAAAACACAUUCUUCGACCCGGGAACGAAUUCGUUCGUCAUGCCAUAUGCGCAGCCUGUGCAUCGCCGUGCGAUGACGCCUCCUCCUCGAGCUCCCCGUCAUCGUGGUCCUCCACCAAGAGCUGUCCACGGCUCCAUUGGUGGCAUGAGCAUGCAGAGUGGCCGACCUCCCUUCCGCCCCGGUUCUGCCACCUCCAGCCGCUAUGGUCCUCGACCUGGAUCGUCUGCAUCCGCGCGCCUUCCCAGGGGCAAGCCAAUGCCUCCCCCGACCGCGCUCACCACUCUGCCCAACCCCGCCAAGCUAGGAGAUGACACUUUUGCCCUCCUGAAUGCCACGGAUUUCGCGCCCCCUGAUAAUUUCAAAGACCAUGUCGCAGGACGCUCUCAAAGCCCGGCUCCCGAGCGGCGCCCCUACCAGCUGAAUGUCCCGAUUCACUCCCCUCUGGCUAGCUCUCAUGACGACUUAGCCGUCAUCCCAAGCCCGCAUCUCUUGCGAAAGUCUGGAACAUUCACCGGCCUAGACUUCGCCCCUCCGCGACGAUUCAAGGACAAUGGUGACGUCAUGAGUGACGCGGGUAGCAUUAGGAGCUACCGAAGCAACAGAAGCGGCAUCUCUGCCGCCAACAAUUACGCGAUCCGAAACGGAGCAGGUCGAGUAAGCCGGUUACCGGGUGACACAGUGUUUACCCAAGCACAGUUGGCAGACCAGCUCAAACCCUCGUGGACUAUGCGCCCUUAA